CACCGAGGAGGCCUUGACCAUUCUUUCAAGUAUCUGAGCUCCAGAAUAACGGAGAGGCGGCUCCAGAGCUCGUUAGGGCCCUCGGGUCGAGGCGGCCACUGUGGAAAGGCGGCGGGGCCGGCCCAGAGGGCCGUGUGCCCCGUGUUCAGCCCCCAGGGCGGCUUCCAUCCGGGCCCCGCCGAGAACGGGGCCUCCAAGCCCAGGGUGGUGACCGUGGUGAAGCCGGGGGGCCAGCCCCUCAGGAAGAUCACCCUGCUGCUCAACAGGAGGUCGGUGCAGACGUUCGAGCAGCUGCUGGCCGACAUCUCGGAGGCCCUGGGCUUCCCGCGCUGGAAGAACGACCGGGUCCGGAAGCUGUACAGCCUCAAGGGCAAGGAGGUCAAGAGCGUGUCCGACUUCUUCCGCGAGGGAGACGCCUUUAUCGCCAUGGGGAGGGAGCCGCUGACGCUCAAGAGCAUCCAGACGGCCAUGGAGGAGCUGGCGGCGGCCAAGCCCCGCGCGCCGCCGCUGCCUCAGCACGGCUGGCCGCCCGCGCCGCUCCAGAGCAGGCUCUGCGGCAAGGCCCCGAAGGCCGAGCGGCCCCCCGGGGAGGGGGAGGGCGCCGAGGCCGAGGGGAAGGCCGCGGGCCCCGAGGAGCGGCCGCGGCCCCAGCAGAAGCGGCUUCCGGAGCAGCCCGCGAAGCCCAGGCCCGCCCAGGACGGCGGCGAGAAGCACCGGGACAGCCCGCUGGAGAAGAGCUCGGGCGAGAUCGUCCGCUGCGAGAAGUGCAGGCAGGAGAGGGCCCUGCGCGGGGCCCGGCCGCGGCCGCCGGAGCUCUCCCUGGGCAGCAGCGAGCUGGACCUGGCCCGGGCGCCCCGGCGCGACCCCGGGAGGCUGGUGAGGAUGCGGAGCUGCAGGGGGCCCCUGCGCGGGCCCGCUCCGGCCGGGGAGGAGGUGCGGUGGAAGGGCGAGGGCUGGCGCGGGCGCCCCCGCACGCCCAGCCCGGAGAGGCCCGGGAAAGCCUCGGAGAAGAGGGAGCGGAGGGACGCGGACGGCCACGAGCCUCCCGAGCCGGCGGCCAGAAGCAGACGCGACGGCGGGGAAGCUCCGGCGCCCCCGGAGGGGGCGCUCAGGGAGCCCAGGAGGGGCCCCAGGAGCGUCCCCAGGGCCAGGCAGAGCGGCUGGCUGCUGCGGGAGCGGGCGCAGGGACCCCCGAGGAGCCCCGAGGCGGACCGGGAAGCCCGGGAUCCCAGGGGCCGCCCCGCCGACGAGCCCAAGGCCCGCGCGGCCGGCAAGAAGCCCCGGCUGGCCGAGGCCGGCAAGGCCGACGUGGCCGCGCACUACGAGGUGGGCAAGGUCAUCGGCGACGGCAACUUCGCGGUGGUGAAGGAGUGCCGGCACCUGGGCAGCCAGCGCGCCUACGCCAUGAAGAUCGUGGACAAGGGCAAGCUGCGGGGCAAGGAGGGCGUGGUGGACAGCGAGAUCGCCAUCAUCCGCAGCCUCUCGCACCCCAACAUCGUCCGGCUGCACGAGGUCUACGAGACGCCCGCCGAGAUCUACCUGAUCCUGGAGUACGUCCGCGACGGGGACCUCUUCGACGCCAUCGUGGAGAACGUGAAGUUCAGCGAGCGGGAGGCGGCCGGCAUGAUCACCGACCUGUGCCGGGCCCUGGUGCACAUGCACGAGCACCGCAUCGUGCACCGGGACCUCAAGCCCGAGAACCUCCUGGUCCAGAGGAACGCUGACAGAUCCACCACCCUGAAGCUGGCCGACUUCGGCCUCGCCAAGCACGUGGUCAAGCCCAUGUUCACCGUGUGUGGGACCCCCACCUACGUGGCCCCGGAGAUCCUCUCGGAGAAAGGGUACGGGCUGGAGGUGGACAUGUGGGCAGCCGGCGUGAUCCUCUACAUCCUGCUGUGUGGCUUCCCUCCCUUCCGCAGCCAAGACAGAGACCAGGAGGAGCUCUUCGCUAUCAUUCAGCGCGGACACUUUGAUUUCCUCAGCCCGUACUGGGACAACAUCUCAGAGGCUGCCAAGGACCUGGUUCGCCAGCUGCUGGUGGUGGACCCCAAGAAGCGCUACACGGCCCACCAAGUUCUUGAGCACCCAUGGAUCAAGGCCGGCGGGAGGGUGAGCCCUGUUAGCCCGCAGAGCGAAACCACGGCUGCCAGCGAGCUCUCCGCCCGGAGCCAGGGCAAGGGCGUCCCGGAAAGGGACCCGUAGAGGGAGGGACCUGCUCUGUGUCUGUGAGCAGCCUCCAGGCCCAGCUCCUAGGGAAGCACCUGAGGCAGAGAUGGAUGGGAGUCGGGGCGUGGCGUGGGGAGAGAGACCACCAACCAAAAAACCCUGACAGAAAAAGGGAGGGGGAGGAGAGAGGGAGAGAAAGGGGGAGACAGAGAAGGAAGAGACACAGAGAGACAGAGACAAAGAGAUAUAGAGACAGAGAGACAGAGACACAGACAGAGAGACAGAAAGAGACAGGAAGAGAGACAGAGACAGAA